AUGGAGCAAAUUAAUAAAAAUAAUGUCUCUCCAUUACCUAAGCAAUCGGCAAGCUCUACUUUGGCUGUGCCUAAAAUGGCCUUUGGUAGCUCUAUGAGAACUGUACAUGAUAAUACUUUUUCUCACCAUGGUUUUUCGUCACAACAAAUCUAUCCUGAUUCAACCAGUGGUGUUUUUAAUAAUUUAUCUCAACAUGAUACUCUAAGCACAGAAGAAUCUUAUAAUAAUAUAAUAACAGAUACUACUACUUCUUAUCCAUCUCUCGAAAAAGUCUUAAUGAAUCAAACUGGAUCUCCAUUAUCUCAAUAUAAUUUCUAUUCUUAUCUUCGGCAAGAAUGGCAUGGUGAAGAAAACUUAAAUUUCUGGUUAGAUGUUGUGACUCAUGAGAAUUUAUUUGAAUCAUGGCGUGAAUAUCAAAAUCAUACAAAAAAAGCAAGAGAACGACUGGUUGAUGAAUGGGAACAAAAUCACGAUUCUACUUCUUCAAGUGUGGAUGAUACUGGAACUACUUCUGUAGAUUCUCAAAAUCCUGUGAUGCCGCAUAAUCAUACUUCUUCCACACGAUAUGGUCAUGAAAUCACAAUUCCAGAUAACUAUAAAUCAAAGGAUUAUAAUAAUCUGAAAAUUGUAAAACGUGUAGACGAAGAAGAUUUAACUAAAUCUGCUUUGAAUAUAUAUCGAAAAUAUGGUCAUAUGAGUAUCUUACCCGAAGAAAGUCGAAAUACGAUGGCUGAUCUUAUCGAACGCCAAGGAAGAUAUAAUCCUGUGGUAUUUUCUUCGGCAAAGUCUUAUGUACAUCAUAUAAUGAACGUGAUAUAUUUCCCAAAAUUCAUUCAAUCUGCUGUCGAAAUGAACUUGACCCAGACUCAUGCUAUACUUGCUCUUCCUUUGGGGAUAAUGUGUUUAACACUUGGAUUUUCUUUGGUUCUUUACUAUAUAUUUAUGGGAUCGGAAAAUCGUUUGAUUCGUUUCUAUGGUUUUCCUGCUAUAUGGCUUGGUUGGAUUUUUCUUCAAACCGCUGCAACAAGGUUUUCGCCUAUUUUUAGUAUCUUUGGAGUGAGGUACAUUGUUAUUCCCUAA